AAAAGUGUGAGUUUCUAGGUUUGUUGAGGAUGCUUUUUCGACAAUAUUGCUAGAUAAAUUGGUCUGCUUACUGCUUUUCCGAUUUUCUUUUAUGUAUAAAUACAGUUCAGCUAACAAAAACGUGUAACCUUCUGUUUUCUGAAAGUGGGGUCUUAUACCUGCACAACAAUAUUCCUUCAAAUGAAACUCAGAAACCAAAACAGAAAUAACAAAAAUAAAGAGAGAUAUUUUUACAAGAACAACAUACUUUUUAGAAAAGCAGAAGCAGCAGUUAAGUGAUAUUGAGAUAAAUAAUAAUAUAUUAUCUCUUCAAAAGAGUUUCUCAUUAGUAACUUCUCCUUUGUGCUGAUCUAUCAUAUAAUCUUCAAAACCCAGAAUCAAUGGAGGAAGGUGGGAGUAGUCACGACGCAGAGAGUAACAAGAAGCUAGUGAGAGGGAAGAUAGAGAUAAAGAGGAUAGAGAACACGACAAGUCGUCAGGUAACUUUCUGCAAACGACGCAAUGGUCUUCUCAAGAAAGCUUAUGAGCUCUCUGUCUUGUGUGAUGCGGAAGUUGCACUUGUUGUCUUUUCCACUCGUGGCCGUCUCUAUGAGUACGCUAACAACAGUGUGAAGGGUACAAUUGAAAGGUACAAGAAAGCUUGUUCCGAUGCCGUCAACCCUCCUACUGUGACCGAAGCUAAUACUCAGUAUUAUCAGCAAGAAGCCUCUAAGCUUCGGAGGCAGAUUCGGGACAUUCAAAAUUCUAACAGGCAUAUUGUUGGAGAAUCACUUGGUUCCUUGAACUUCAAGGAACUCAAAAACCUAGAAGGAAGGCUUGAAAAAGGAAUAAACCGCGUCCGAUCCAAGAAGAAUGAGUUGUUAGUGGCAGAGCUUGAGUAUAUGCAGAAGAGGGAGAUAGAGUUGCAACAUGAUAACAUGUACCUGAGAGCUAAGAUAACACACUGCGCUAGGCUGGAUCCGGAACAACAGGAAUCGAGUGUGAUACAAGGAACUGCGGUUUAUGAAUCUGGUCUGUCUUCUCAUGAUCAGUCGCAGAAUUAUAACCGGAGCUAUAUUCCGGUGAACCUUCUUGAACCGAAUCAACAAUUCUCCGGUCAAGACCAACCUCCUCUUCAACUUGUUUAAGCUUUAACAUGAUGAAAACUUGUUUCUUCCACUCGAAACGAUCUAGAGAGCAGGAGUACAUAUAUUUAUGCGACUUCUUAUGCAUAGUUUAGGUUCCGAUGAUAAUAAAACAUAACUCUUGUUCCUAUUGCCUUUUUUAGUUUUGUCAAAAUAAAAAUGAUUUGACAAAACUUAACUUCAUUAUGGAAUUAUUCCAUUUUAUACUACAUCGAAGAUGCUCUUAGCCGGCAGGAUAAUGUGACUUUCAGUUCUCUUUACA